AUGCAGUCCAGUGUGACGCCUUUCGGUAUGUUCUGCUCCAACCAUUUCCCUGGGUUCCGGCUCGUGCCUGUCUGGCUGGACAUCAACCUGUCUUUGACAUUUCCAGCAUUCCCAGCAGUGCGGGCAUGGCAUCUCAAGACCCUGGCCAUCAACGAAUCUGGUACCAUCUUCUACAAGCCGGACGUGCUGCGGCACUGUUGUCCGCAUUACACGAUUCGUCUACCCGUAGCCUCCUUCAAACCUUCAAAGGAUCAGAGGAAGGCGGUCAACCAUUGGAAUGACCAUGUGCUAGGCGAGUCUUAUAUGAAAGAGGCUUCUAGGCUCUAUCCAAUAUCAAAAGAAGAGAAAGCUCGAUUAAAAAACACUUUCGAUCUCACUCGCGAGAUUCACAAGACUGAGUUACAGAAUGUCAAGCAGCCACCUGAACCCGCACAUCGCUUUGAGGUAACACUCGAGCCAGCAGCAUUCACGCUUGAGAAGUAUGAGCUGUUCAAGAACUAUCAGCAAAACGUGCACAAGGAGAAACCUCACGAGAUAUCUCAAUCAGGUUUCAAGCGUUUCCUAUGUGAUUCGCCGCUGAAGCAGACGUCUAGAACCGUUGAUGGCAAGGAACAGCUCUUGGGAUCCUAUCACCAAUGCUACCGACUAGAUGGACGGCUCAUUGCGAUGGGCAUACUUGACCUGUUACCUCACUGCGUUAGUGGUGUCUACAUGCUCUAUCAUUCGGACUAUGAGCAAUGGCAGUUCGGAAAGUUGAGUGCGCUACGAGAAGCAGCGCUGGCGCUCGAGGGUGGCUACCAGUACUACUAUAUGGGAUACUACAUCCACUCGUGUGUCAAGAUGAAGUACAAGGGCGACUACAAGACUCAACAUGUUCUGGAUCCCGAGACAUACGAAUGGCAUCCGCUGGAGGGUGAGCUGCGCGCUCUACUGGACAAAAAACCUUAUGUUUCCAUGUCUAGGGAGCGUCGUAGGAAGGACAACAAGAGCGACGAAGAGAAGAGCACUACAGAAGAACAAGACGACUACUCCGAUUAUCCUCGGCCAACAGCUGCUGAAGCUGGCAAGGCCGUAAAAAAGGGCAUGUCGUUGUUUGACCUGAAGGUGCCGGGGCUCAUGACCGCUGAAGAGAUCGAAGAGCAACUUGACUUGGCUACCAUGCCCAUUCGGGUUGGUGGAAGGAUGGCAGAAGCUCAGGACCUGGUCUCCUGGGACAGCAGUGAUUUGAAAAACCCGAAGUCGAUUAAAGGCGUCAUUGGCGAAAUGGUCGCAGGCAUGGGGCCUGAAGCUGCAUGGCAGGUUGUGGUUCAUCGGACCAAAGACAUUGUGAUUGCUGUUGUUAACCCCUCCAUAGGCCGUCCGAUCAAGAACCUCCCCGACACCAUCACCGUCCCCUCAGAUGCUUCUGCCUCCCAGAUCUUCGAAGAAAUUGCGAAAGCCUCGAGGUUCUCAAUCCACCGAUUGAGGAUCACCAAGGGCAGCGAUGGAUCGCCAAUUAACAAUGUGCGGGAUGUGACGGUUCACGACACAGGCUUGAGGAACAAGAGUGCUCUUGACGUCAAGGAUCUAGGUCCUCAGAUCUCAUGGCGCACCGUCUUCAUCGUCGAAUAUCUCGGACCCCUCCUCAUCCACCCGCUCAUCUACUUCGGCCGCUCCCUCAUCUACGGCACCUCAGCCCCUCUCUCGCAGCUCCAGAAGCUCACCUUCUUAAUGUGCGUCGCCCACUUCGCAAAGCGCGAGUUCGAAACCCUCUUUGUCCACCGCUUCUCGUCAGCCACCAUGCCCAUAAUGAACAUCUACAAGAACAGCGGCUACUACUGGCUCCUCUCGGGGUUGAACCUGGCAUACUGGAGCUACGGUCCCAACAGCCCGGCUGCUAGGCCUUCGAACCCCCUCCUGACAUAUCUCGGCGUCGCCCUAUUUGCAAUUGGCGAGGUCUGUAAUUAUAGCACACACCUGACGCUCAAGAACUUGCGCCGUCCAGGCAGCACCGAGCGCGGUAUCCCCAAGGGAUUGGGCUUCGAUCUAGUCACAUGUCCCAACUACAUGUUCGAAGCUAUGGCCUGGAUCGGCGUGGCGCUGGUCAACUGGAGCUUGAGCACCGUCAUCUUCAUCAUCGUGGCUGUUGGGCAGAUGGGUGUUUGGGCCUGGAAGAAGGAGAAGAGGUAUCGCAAGGAGUUUGGUGACAAAUACAAGCGCAAGCGGUAUGCCAUCUUGCCAGGCAUCUGGUAG